AUGCCAAAUGAGUUUGCAACUGAAUAUGAACCUCUGCUCAUAAAAGACAGAAAAGAUAAACAGCGGUUAAAGCUUCCAAACAAAUCUCUGCUGCUGGCUGUGUUUGCUUCCUGCAUAGGAGGAACCUUCCAGUACGGUUAUAAUAUAUCUGUCAUCAAUGCUCCCACAAUGUACGUACAAAACUUCAUCAACCGCACCUGGAUGCAGCGGUACCAAACCAGCAUAUCAGAAAAUGGUCUCACUCUGCUCUGGUCCACUAUAGUGUCCAUGUUCACUUUAGGAGGACUCGUGGGGGUUUCGAUCGGUGGGAUGUUGUCUGUGAAGCUGGGGAGGAGAGGAACGCUGCUGAGUAACAACUCGCUGUCGUUACUGGCUGCUCUGCUGAUGGGUCUGAGCGCCUCUGUGGGGUCAUUCGAGUUACUCAUCGUUGGACGGCUUCUUAGUGGAAUUAAUGCAGGUAUCGCCUUAUGUGUUCAACCUCUUUAUUUGGGGGAAAUCGCUCCGACCGCAUUACGAGGGGCUAUGGGAAUGGGAACCUCUAUUUUCGUCACUGGUGGCAUCUUAACCGGACAAGUGAUGGGCCUCAAGGAAGUCCUGGGAAAAGAAGAGCACUGGCCCAUCCUACUGUCCACCACAUUUAUUCCUGCAAUCCUGCAGCUCCUCAUCCUGCCCUGGUUCCCAGAGAGCCCACGCUACCUGCUGAUUGACAAAGGAGAUGAUGAGCGAUGUAAAAAAGCCCUGAGGCAGCUGCAUGGUUCGGCUGACUGUGAUGCUGCGUUGGAGGACAUUGAGAAAGAGAGAAAUAACUUGGUGGGUUAUCAGGCCAAGAAACCUUGGGAGCUCUUUUCAGACAGCAGUGUACGCUGGCAGCUUAUCACCAUCCUUGUGCUCAACACGGCUCAGCAGCUGAAUGGCAUCAACGCUAUUUACUUUUAUGCAGAUUAUGUUUUUAGACAAACAGGCAUUCCCGUUGACAAAAUCCCGUAUGCCACUGUCGGCACCGGUGCCUGCGAAUGCAUAACAGCCUUAUCCUGCGGUCUGCUCAUCGAAUGUCUGGGAAGGAAAGUGCUCAUCUCCGGAGGAUACAUCCUGAUGAGCGUCUGCUGCAUUUUAUUCACUCUGACCCUCACUUUCCAGGAUGUCAGCCCAGUUUUUCCUUACCUGAGCAUGGCCUGUGUUUUUGCCUUUAUCUUGAGUUUUGGCUUGGGACCAGGUGGUGUGACCAACAUCUUAACCAUGGAGCUCUUCACUCAGACCUCUCGCCCCGCUGCGUUCAUGAUCGCUGGAUCAGUCAACUGGCUCAGCUUCUUCUUCAUCGGCUUGGUCUUCCCUUUCAUUGUGAUUGGGCUCCAGCAGUACUGCUUCCUGGUCUUUUUGGCUGUCAGCUCCUUGGUGGUGAUCUACAUCGUCCUCGUUGUUCCUGAAACAAAGAAGAAAACGUUUGUGGAGAUCCAAAAUGAGUUCCAGACCUUAAACAAGAAAAAGUCCUGUGGCGCUGACGGAGCAGGCACGGUCCUCUUAUCAACACCUUUGUGA